AUGAUUCUGCUCGAUGCUUCUAGAUGUACUAGACUCUUGAUCUCAUUACUAUUAGCCGGCGUCUUUUGCCAAUACAACCUGCUUUUUAUAACGGCUACUCAGCCACCAGUAAACAAACCAGAGCUUACCCAGGAACAAAAUGCACUUCUUCAGCGCUAUCCUUCCUUCGACAUAACCUUUCUGCCCGAACACCAACCCGACACUCCCGAGAUGGCCCAACAGCUUUACACAGUCCUUGAUUCUAUUCAGAGCUUAGCCAGUACUACAAAGCUCCCGCAAAACACUCCCAUGACAGCCACCCAGAUCAUUUCUAUGCUAUAUCUCUAUCGAGCUCUCUAUAGUAACAACACCCAAGAAGACUAUUAUAAGUUUACCAAGAACUUAGCCGGUGAAAUCCAUGCGAAACCCAUCAAGACUACAGAACUUCAAAACCUUCUUUAUCUCAUCAAUUACAUCUAUCAAGAGCAAAUUACAGUUGAAGGACAAGUCCAAACAAUAACUAAUCUAGCUGCCAAUGCCACUCCUCUCCUUCAACAGCUCACAUUUACCACGGGCGAGCAGCUUAUUAAAACGCUAGCUCCCUUCCAAACCGCAAUGUCUCUCCAUCCACUCAAUCUCUUAUUAUCUCACGUUGAUCUAAAAGUCUAUUCCCUCAACGAGCCCGUAGAGCGUACUGCCCAGCCCGCCAACGAGCGCCACAUAGCCGUUAAUCUUCAAGUGGGCAAUAAUAACAUAGAUACCGGCAUAUCUACACCCGAACCCAUACUAACCCCUGCCAAAAUUGCGAUUGGAUUCGCGGACACUGCAAUUCUUAUGGUGCACCUAACCACCACCGAGCAAUCCGCCCAAACCCAAGGUCUACAUCAAUUUCUCCAAGACCUAACCCAGUCCACCAACCUACCUGGCUACCCCAAUUUCCAGUACCGUUUUAUCCCUAGCACUCCAAACCCCGCCGACACAACCCAAAGUACCCCAACCAGAAACUCGUACAUGAAAACAGCCAUCAAUGUUAUUUUCAUCACAGGUUCGCUAGUAUUUAGCAUUAUCUUUUCCGCGUUUUCCGGGAUCAUAGUUCUUCCCAUGAUCUUCCUUGGCCUCAGUAUCUUUAUGCAACUGAACACCAGAACCCGCGGUAUAGAUGAAACUAAACUCCAUAUCAGCAUUUUUGCUAUUCUUGUUCUGACUGUGUUUGUUAUCUUCACUAACAUAACCACCGUUAAUCCUAUUAUCUCUCCAGUUUCAGCAAACUACAACCAUAACAUUAUCCAAAAAGCCGUCUAUCUAAUCUGUACCUUCGGUUCGAUCUUUGUCUGUUUCGCCUCUAUCCUCUUCUAUGCACAAAGGAGGAAGGUCUCGCUGCCGAUGAAGAACAUCCUUCGUGUUAUCCUCCUAACUAUUUCCCUGCCGUUUAUCUUCGCCAUUCCCUUAUGCACAGUUUUCUCACUCCCCACCGUUGCCACCAUCGCCACACAAACCAUCAUCCCCCUUUGUGGAGCCACUUUAUUCUUCUCCUCUGCCAUUCUUGCUCAACACAGCAACACAUCAGGCAGUGAUCGCAAAUCCCGCGCUAUAAAGAAAACUCUCGACUACGCCACUCUCAUUCUCUCCAUUACAUCUAUUAUUUUGAUUGCUGUCCUAGUCUUUCAAACCCACAUCUUCGACAGCAUUAUCCCUUCUCUAAGCAAAACCACACCAGUCCCCCAAAGCACACCAUCCAAUGUCUAA